AGAAAGAGAGAGGGCGAGUCAGCGCUGGAGAUCUCCGCGUUUUCGCGUUUUGUUUUUGUUUUGUGCGCUUCGAAAAACGUCGUCAACCCGAAUGAUGACUUUUACGGCCCUCGGCGAGCAAAGAUGCAAUGGCGGUCGAUAGUAGUGGGUCUUCUGGUGCUACGCUUGGCCCUCAACUGCGUCCUGUGGCUCGCCUUCGGACUGGGACCCAGCUGGGGCUUCAACUUCCCGAUCCAGUUCAGCUUCAACUUGCCCAGAGCAGAGCCUGAGCCCGGGCAUGGAGGCGCGGCGGCAGCGCGGCACCCCGGCUGGUCGCGGCGGCUGUACGAGCACGGAGAGAGGACCUGCUCCAAAAUCAGCGCCAACACGCCGAAGAGGUCCUACCUCAGCUUCUUCAAGGAGGGCAGAGACGAGUACGAUAGGAAGUACAGCUCCUUCCCAGACGCGCUCAAAGUCGAGAUGAGGAGGAUGGCCAAAGACAUGUUCUACUUCGGAUACGACAACUACAUGAAAUACGCCUUUCCAGAGGACGAACUCAACCCCAUCGACUGCGAGGGCAGAGGACCAGACGUCCUCAACCCGUCAAACAUCAACAUCAACGACGUGCUUGGAAACUACUCCCUGACGCUUAUUGACACUCUUGAUACUCUUUUGGUGCUUGGAAAUGUGUCAGAGUUUCAUCGGGCUGUUAAGCUGGUGAUUGACACCGUCUCCUUUGACAAGGAUUCGACCGUACAAGUGUUUGAGGCCAACAUCAGAAUCCUCGGCAGUCUGAUCUCUGCACAUAUUCUUCUGACUGAUCCUCGGCACCCCUUUGGAGACAUAGAGCUGGAAGAUUAUGAUAAUGAGCUGCUGCAUCUGGCUCAUGACCUGGCAGUCCGGCUGCUGCCUGCCUUUGAGAACACCGGCACCGGCAUCCCGUACCCCAGGGUGAAUCUGAAGAGUGGCGUGCCUCCUGACAGCAUUAAUGAGACCUGUACAGCAGGGGCUGGCUCUCUGCUGGUGGAAUUCGGCAUCCUCAGCCGUCUGAUUGGUGACUCUACGUUUGAAUGGGUGGCCAGGAGGGCUGUCCGAGCUCUCUGGAACCUAAGGAGCAAUGAGACAGGGCUGCUAGGGAAUGUGGUGAACAUCCAGACGGGUCAGUGGGUGGGGAAGCAGAGCGGUCUGGGCGCUGGUAUGGACUCUUUCUACGAGUACCUGCUGAAGUCCUACAUCCUUUUUGGAGAGAAAGAGGACUACAGGAUGUUUAAGGCUGCUUACGAGAGCAUCCAGAGCCACCUGAGGAGAGGGAGAGAGGCUUGUAAUGAAGGAGAAGGGGACCCUCCCCUCUAUGUAAAUGUCAACAUGUUUAAUGGACAGAUCAUGAACACUUGGAUUGAUUCUCUUCAGGCAUUCUUUCCUGGCCUGCAGGUUUUAAAUGGAGAUGUGGAGAACGCUAUUUGCCUGCAUGCCUUCUACUAUGCAAUCUGGAGGCGCUUUGGGGCGCUGCCAGAAAGGUACAACUGGCAGCUGCAGGCCCCCGACGUGCUCUUUUACCCUUUAAGACCUGAGCUGGUGGAAUCCACAUACCUGCUCUAUCAGGCCACCAAGAAUCCCUUCUAUCUACAUGUUGGCAUGGAUAUCCUUCAGAGCCUUGAAAAGAAUACCAAAGUCAAAUGUGGCUAUGCCACCCUCCAUCAUGUGGUGGACAAGUCCAAAGAGGACCGCAUGGAGAGUUUCUUCCUCAGUGAGACCUGCAAAUACCUUUACCUGCUCUUUGAUGAAGACAACCCACUACAUCAAUCUGGGAGUAGGUACAUUUUUACCACGGAGGGCCACGUGGUGCCUAUAGACCCACGCUUUAGGGAGAAAACCUGGGAGGAGCAGUUCCCAUAUGAGGAGCCCACCAAGGAGCCUCCAGCCAACAUCAGCAAUUGUGAACGCAUCCCUGAGGAGCGACGCUAUGCUCUACCUCUGAAGAGCAUGUACAUGAGACAGAUUGACCACAUGGUGGGCCUUUCCUGACCUCAGCGCUGCCUCCUGUAGGCUCAGAUGCCUCAACACUAAACCCCCUGGAGGGACUCAGCAGCAUGGAUCUCCAAACUGAGAAUUUUUUUUUUAUGUUUCUUUUUUUUGUUAUUGUUUAUUUUGCACAAGGAGCUGUGUCCUUCAGUGAACCUCGCAUUUAGGACACAUUUAACAAAGCACUGGUGUCGGCUCUUUCCGGGGGUGAUGGGUUGGUCUGGUUGUUUGGCGUUGCUGCAUUCGGGGCCGGUUUGUAUUACAGGGAGAACGUUCAGUGGAGGAGGUGCAAAUGCUAGUGAUGCUAGCGGUGAAUGAAUAGAUGAUACCACUGAGCCCUGUAGGUUUCAUUCACUCUGUCACUUUAACAUCCCUUUGAAGGGGAAUUCCACCGAUGUUUCAGAAUUUCUGCAUAACUCAGUUACUGAGACGUAAACAAAGUCAUUCAGAGUGGUUUGACGAGAAUCUGUUUGUUGUUGAGGAACUUAGCGGUCAGAAUUGUUCACAGUGGUGGUGAUGGGAAGCAGAAGCAGCAAAUGCCUCUUAAAGCUUUCGCAUGUAAAGGUGUUGUUCUAUAGAGUGCACAUUGCAUCAAAACACUGCAUUGCAGAGAAACUUGCCUUCCUGUGAGAAAGCUUUUACUGGCAUUAAACGCUUUAGACGGCUGGUUCCCGUCACCACCACUGCGAACGAGUGUGACGUGCUAAGUGUUUUUCCAUAUUAUUGGUAUGAAAUCUUUAAUUCUGUUUAUACUUUAAUAAUGUUUCAGUGCCGUUUUCGGAAUUCAUAAAAGGGCUGUGUAUAAAUGUAUUGAGAUGGCAUGUAUUGCUCCAUCUUAAGGAACUAGUUUUAGCCUGAGCUUCCUCUUCAAGUUUGUACCGUCUGCCUUCCAGGAAUAUGGACUUUUUGCGGUGAAUCAAACUGUUUACAGUACAUUCAUUCUCUUGGCAAUACCUUCUCUUUAAAUGUUAGCGUUCAUUUUUUAUCUUAUGUCAUAGUGCCGUGCCCAGUACAGACGAGAUUCCAACAUGCUUUCUCCUCCCUGCAGUCGAGUAAGAGUGCAGCUUUAAUCAUAGCACUUCUCAUUGCCUUGUUUCUUGUUUUUGUCGCUGUUGUCGGAAGAAAACCUCGUAUCUCCAAAAUUGUAAUUUUACAGAAGAAGGAAAAAACCUACUUUACUUUCAAUGUAAGUCAAUGGAACCAGACUUUUUUUCCAAGUCAUUUUUGGCUGUUUCUUUUGGUCCAUUCAUCAUGAAAUUUAUACACAAUGUAAAGGAAAACAGGCAUUUUCAAAUUGUCAAAAUCUGAAAAAUGACAAAAAUGGAGAUACAAGGUUUUGUCCCAGAAGCAGCGAUUUGACAGUCUAAGAAGAUUAUAGAGGCGUAGACAUCUACAAUGAUGCAAGUGGCAUCGUAUUAAAGUGUUUCAUUUUUAGGUGCUCUUAUUAAAGGGGAAUUCCACCAAUUUUUCAAAAUUUCAAGAUUCUAGAGGCGUAGACAUCUAAAAUGAUGCAGGUGGCAUCGUAUUAAAGUGUUUCAUUUUUAGGUGCUCUUAUUAAAGGGGAAUUCCACCAAUUUUUCAAAAUUUCAAAAUGCAGUUAAAAUGUAUGUAAAAAUGUAAGUUGCUGAGAUGUAAACAGUCAUUCAGAGUGAUUUGAUAUGAAAUGGUUCAUUGUAGAGAGACUUACUGACUCAGAUCUCUUUACAGUGGUGCUGAUAGGAACCAGAGGUUCAAUGUAUACAGCGCAGAUAUACUCAUAAUGUAAAUGUUGGUAAUGGUAAAUUUGAUAAAUCUGAAAAAAUGUUUUCUUUGAGAACUAUUUUGCAUUAGAACUGCCUGCAUGUACCUCUGCACCAUGAUUGGAUUUAAAAAUAGAUUUUAGGCCAAAACCUUGUCUCAAACCUAUCACAAAACAAUGCCUCUACACCAGACACCACAUUUUUAACCAUUUCAUGUCAUAACUUUAUAUGAUUUAGCUUUUAGAGGCGUUAAACUCUUCAGAUGUCUGGUUCUCAUCACCACCACUACGAACAAUUCUGACACGAUAAGUUUCUCUAGAAUGGAGCAUUUCACACCAAACCACUCUGAAUGACUUUUUAUUCAUCUUAAUGAUUGAGUUAUGCUGAAAUUUAGAAAAAUCAGUGGAAUUCCCCUUUAAUGGUUGUGGAGUCGCUGCAUUCGAGGGGCCAUGUAGGCUUUAAAUACUCUAAUUACUUUUUAUUUUUUUAAUUUAAAGUCUGUGCCUUAUACAUCUACAGGUUUCUGGAUAGUCCUCAGGAUCAACUACACAAGGUUUUUUAAACAUGGAAACUGUGUGUACUGACCACCAAGUUCUUGUUAAGUCUGUGAGGUUCAUACUGAUGUGUGAUCUGUGAACAAAGCCAUAAAAAGGGAUCGUAGUAUUCAUAAGGGGCUGUCGAUCAAAAUUAGUGUAGAGGAUUCCACCUCUCUAGAUUGUCCUUUGUCUUGGAUAUACAGUAAGUUGUCUGCCGUUGGGGGUAGUAUUUAUCCGUGAUUGUGGAAUUUGGGUAGUUGAUUCUUACUUGUUGAUUUCAUUGUAAUGAUUCCAGGGCUGUCAUUUAAAAACAGUGUGAAGGAUUAUACUUGCGAGGUUGCAAGUCUGAUUGAUUAAACAUGCUUUUUUUUGCUUGCACAUUUGAGCGUUUCUUGAAAUUGUUGUGUAACCUUGACUUCUGUUAAAGGAGAGGUUUGACUGAAAAUUAUAUUGGCAUGUUUUCCACUUACUCAGAUGCUGUUAAUCAGCCAAACCAUGUUUGAUAUCCAAAUUUUGCUUCUUUUGUUUAGCAUUGGUGCUGUGAGGCUAAUAUUAGCAAACGAACACUAGAAGUCAGUCGUCACCCAAACCUUUUCAUAAAUUCAUCCCCAAAACGGCAUCCAAAUCUUAAAUAAGGUCAUGCAGAAUUGUCAGUGUGAUUUAGGACACAGCAUGACAGCAUUUAGCUACACAGUGAAGUUUUGUUUAUUUUUAUAGUUCACAGCAGGAUUAGACUAAUAUAAAACAUGCUCUGGCUAAUCAGGCCACUAACCCAGUGAAUCUUGUGGCGAGAAUUGUACAUUUCCAGCCACAAUAGUAGAAAAAUGUUUAUUAUAUGGAUCAUACAUUAACAAGCAUGCAUUAAUACCAAAAAACACUCGGGUGUUGCUUUGAAAAACAAAAUACUUAGUAAAAACUUUAAUGUGUUGCUGGUGUGCAACCCAGUAACACCAGCUUAUUUGUGGUGACCGUGGUUAUGCCGUUAGCCAUUGCAUUGGUGACAGUUUGCACAUUCUGACAAAAUCUGAUUUGGUGCAGUUAGUUUCAUGUCCAACCAAACAGGUUUGUUAGAAGGGAAAAAGGAGUACAAACAAAAUCCAAGGCAAGUGGCUACUCUGGACAGAGGCUCUGCAUUUUUAGGUGCCAAAAUGUGAAAUGUUGUGGCCAAGGGUACCAGGUAGUGUCUACCCCUAAUCCACAGUGUUAUAUUGUGUCAUAAACCACAUUGAAAAGUUUGUGUGACCUUAAUAAAAAAAAAAAACCUGAAUGCAGGUUGAGCAGGU